CAGGCUUCCCUCCCUCGUGAGGAUGAUUUUGAGCUGCUACACCUGAGAGUGGCCACAGAUCAAUCCUGUAACUAAAUUACACACACAUAUUGAAGGUUUCCACAGAACAUGUCUCUCUUGUCAGGAGGAACUCAGCACCAACAGACACAUUUUCCUCAGUAAAAUAAGUACUGACCAACUGUGGGAUUCCUUCUUGCUCCCACACAUAAAAGCCUCAAAAAGCAAGAGGAUCACGUGCUGCUUCAGUACAAUUCAGGCUGGCAGACAGGCUGUUCUGUGGGUCUUAAUGAAUCAUUAAGAAAUCAUCAUGGAAAGAAGAAACAGCUUUGUGUUGUUCCUGGAUCAGCUUCAUUUUGAAACACAGGAAUCUGAGAAAUAAGCUUGUAAUCUCAUGCAAGACCAUGAGGAGGAAAAGGCACCCUGGCAUUUAAUGGAUGUAUUUAUAGGAAGGUCAUCUCACAGCCUGCAUCUGACUCAAAGUCGAAGCCAUCUGGGAAUGUUUCUAUGGGUGACGACCACAUUCCAGGAAGUGUCACAGCAUCCUGCAGUCCUGUGGGAUGGGGAUUGCUUUAGGCUCUCAUUUGGCUCGUGGUGGGUCUGGAAGAAGAAAGCCACAGCCAGAGUUCAGUGUGUCAUGAUGUGACACCCCUUCUCGAUGUUUUAGGACCAGUGGUUAACUAAACUCUUGGGAUUUACCCUGGAAGGUGCCCCUGCUGUCAAGGUGUGGAUUAGAAGAGCUUUUUACCAUUUUGUUGGUUAAUAAGAUUCUCUAGUUGGGCUCUAGACCACAUAAAUGGCUUUGUAAAGCAUCAAGAGUACAGGUGAGAAUCCUUGCAGCAGCAUCCCCUGGGGAAGGCUGUUGAGGCAGUGGGUGCUGGAUGUCAUCCUGUGCUGGUGCUGUGGGAAAUGAUCUUGCUGCCUCCUCGGGGCUGUUCAGAGAGGGAGAGAAAGAACUAAAACACGUGGUGUGGGUUGAUGUCCUCUGUCUCUCAGGGGUCCUGUUUUGUGAGUGGUAAGUGAAGCAAUAUUGGGGUGUGUGCAUGGUCCCAAGGACAGUCAGUUGUAGGGGUGGCCAGUCCGUGCUCCCAGGAGAAGCCUCUCCCAAGAUUUGCACUCCUUUGGAGAACCAGCCCAUUAAGAAAUGAGCACAAGAGGCAAAUUAAGUGACCAGUGGCCUGAAUGUUUCUGAACUGGGGCUGCUUUGUGCAGUUCCCUGUGCUCGUGAGGAGCAGCUGAUUUUGUAGGGUCACAUUUACACAGUUUAUGCUGCCUCGUAACUGGGGGGUGUGAAGUUGUGUGAGGAGAUCUGGCUUCCCACAGGAACAGUUGAGCUCAGCUGUUUCCAGGCACUUUUGCUUGUCCUGGGGCUGACUGAGGGAGCCUGUGGCAAACCUCACAACUGCACCACGGGCUCUGGCACUGCCAGGGGCAAAUCCACCUCAUCCCCUGAGCUGUGAGAGGGCUGUGGUUGGGAGCCACGAGGCAUUGGCUCUAUAUGUGCAGGCAGGGGUUAAGCAUUCUGAAUUUGCAAUAGCCAGGCAGCUUUCCCAUAUAAGAGCACUGCACUCAUUGGCUCUCCCUUUUACUGAGAAAUCUAUCUAGUCAUUUCCUGUGCAAGCCCUCCUUCACUUUGCAAAAAGCCAUACAGUUGAGUAAAUAACAGGAAUCUGUGACUAUUCCUUGGAUUCUCUCAUGGACCAUCACCAGCCAGGAGUUCAACGCUGUGCCAUUAGCAGACUGCUAACAUGAAUAUGGUCUUCUCUGCAGAAGAGGAGGACUCUCACCCAUGGAUGUAAAUAAUUUUGGGUCUGCUUUCAUGCUUAUUAACACUUGUUGGUAUUGGACUUGGUUUCUACUGAGAGAUCAUUUACCCUCUGAAGGCUCUGUUGGGACUCCUUGUCAGAUCUGUUCUUGGGUGGAGCUUGCAACAACUUGGGGUAAGUGCUGUGCUCUUCCUGUUCUGACAGCAGGGCUUGGUGCUGCACUUCUCAAAACGGCUUGGUGGGGUCUCAGAAAGAAAUAACUCAGUUCUUGAGUGGAGAAGUGGAAGCUGAGCUGGCAAGCAGAGAGUGCUCCCUGUGUUUCCCAGGGACGCCCCAAGUGUGUGUAGGGUCCUUUUUACGGGACCAUUUUGCUCUUGCUUUUAAACCAGCCGGUCUGUCUGUACAAGACUGACAAUAAAUAACUCUCCCAAGCGCUGCGGAGAGAUGGAAACUGCAGCUGAGAAAUGAUUUGGGGGAAAGGAAGACAGAAAAGCACAAGCAAACUAUUAUGGAAGUACAAAUAGCCCUCUGAAGGAUCAGCAAACGUACCAGCUAUGGAGUCUGGCUGUAGUCCCAGCAAGGGAGAUUUCUCCUCAGAGAAAACCUGUUAACCAUUUGGAGGGAGUGCAUGGGAAGGAGACAGAGUUAUUAACAAAAGCUCCACCGCAGGUUUAGUCCCCCAGCAGGGAACGUCUUUGCUGACCUGCAAGACCAUCUUUCCUAGAAAUGGAUAACUUCACCAACGGGCAGCCGGGCCCGGGUCAGAGGAACAGGUUCAUAGGAUUGCUAGAAACCGAUGACAGUGUCCAGGAAGAUAAACCUGCACCCAGUAAAAAGGAAGAAAGAUCCGGACCUGGAAAGAAAGGAGAGCCACGACCCCUGGAGACACCUUACCAGAAGGAGAGCAGUGAUUUUGCUCCUAAAAUCAAGGUUAAUCUGAAUUAUCGGCCAGGACUCGUCAGCAACCCAAAGGACCCAAAUCGCUUUGACAGGGACCGUCUGUUCAGCGCAGUCACCAGGGGCACCCCCGAGGCACUGGAUGGUUUGUUCGAGUACUUAAGGAGAACCUCCAAAUUUCUCACGGAUUCUGAAUACACAGAUGCAAAGACUGGGAAGACCUGCUUAAUGAAAGCCCUGUUGAACUUAAAAAAUGGAAAGAAUGACACAAUAGCAGUCUUGCUGCAAAUAGACCAAAAGACACGGAAUCCCAGGCCACUUGUCAAUGUGUCGUGCUCUGACUGCUACUACAGAGGCCAGACAGCCCUGCACAUUGCCAUAGAGAAAAGGAGCCUCCCUUUAGUGAAGCUGCUGGUAGAGAAUGGAGCUGAUGUCCAUGCCAGAGCCUACGGGGAAUUCUUCAGGAAGAAGAAAGAAGGAGUUUACUUUUAUUUUGGUGAACUUCCCCUCUCCUUGGCUGCUUGUACCAACCAGCUUGAUGUGGUGGACUAUCUCCUAAACAAUCCCCACCAGAAAGCCAGGCUCCAGGAGCAGGACACACAGGGCAACACAGUCCUCCAUGCCCUGGUGAUGAUUGCAGAUGACACUGAGGAGAACACCAAGUUUGUGAGCACAACGUAUGUUGAGAUCCUGAAGGCAGGUGUGAAGCUUGACCCAACGUGUAAACUGGAGGAGAUAGUGAAUUAUGAUGGGUUAAAUCCUCUGCAGCUCGCUGCCAAGACAGGCAAAGUGGAGAUCUUCAGGCACAUCAUCCAGAGGGAGAUCAAGGACCCCGUGUACCGGCACCUGUCCCGCAAGUUCACGGAGUGGACCUACGGCCCCAUCCACGUGUCCCUCUAUGACCUGUCCUCCUUGGACAGCUUCGAGGAGAACUCUGUGCUGGAGAUCCUGGCCUACAGCAGCGACACCCCGAACCGGUACAAGAUGGUGGUUUUGGAGCCACUGAACAAACUGCUUCAGCAAAAAUGGGAAACUUUUGCUUCCAAGAGAUUCUACUUCAGUUUUGUCUCGUACUUGUCAUUCAUGAUCAUCUUUACAGCCAUAGCCUACUAUCAGCCCUUACGGGUAAAGCCUUCAUUUCCAGUGGAAUUCACAGCUGGAGGCUUCCUGUGGGUCUCUGGACUGAUCAUUAUCUUGCUAGGAGGCAUUUAUCUGAUCUUCGCUCAGAGUCUGUACUUGAGGAGGAGACGCCAGUCCCUGAAGACCAUGUGCUCUGACAGCUGCAUCGAGAUCCUGAUCUUCAUCCAGGCGUUCUCAUUGCUGCUGUCAGCAGUCCUGUAUGGUGCCAGCUCAGAAAACUAUGUGGCAGUGAUGGUGUUCUCCCUGCUUUUGGGGUGGGUGAACACUCUCUAUUACACCCGGGGCUUCCAGCGCACUGGGAUCUACAGUGUCAUGAUACAGAAGACCAUCAUGAGGGACCUGCUGCGUUUCCUCUUGGUUUACAUGAUCUUCCUCUUCGGCUUUGCUGCGGCUCUGGUCACUCUGAUGGGCGAUGCUCCCUCGGUCUCCCAGAACAAGUCCCUGGCUCACCUGGAGAGCACUGGGAGCCAUGCCAUGUACGGGGGGCUGCUCAGCGUCUCCCUGGAGCUCUUCAAGAUCACCAUUGGGAUGGGUGACCUGGAUUUCCACGAACAUGCCAGAUUCAGAUAUUUUGUCAUGCUCCUGCUGCUGCUCUUUGUGAUCCUCACUUACAUCCUUCUGCUCAACAUGCUGAUCGCCCUCAUGAGCGAGACAGUCACAGACAUUUCUGGUUACAGCAAGAGCGUCUGGAAGCUGCAGAGGGCUAUUGCUAUUCUAGAAAUAGAGAAGGCCUGGCUGUGGCGCCAGGGUGGGAAGAGGAGAUCUGGCUGCUUCAUGUCAGUGGGGCUCAAUAAGAAAGAUGAGAGGUGGUGUUUCAGAGUAGAGGAAAUUAAAUGGACAGAUUGGGCAAAGGAUGUGGGAGUUCUGAAGGAAGACCCUGGAAACACCAGUGAUUCAGAAAUAAAUCCAGAAGCUUCCUGCUGAUGAAGGGCCGUUCCUGUGUCUCCUGCUGCAGAGACAAGAUCGUGGAAACGGGAACCACAGAAACCUCCAAGAUCAGCUGCCUCAGAGGAGCAGUCACUCCUGCAGCCCCAGCCAUCAGCAACAGAGAUGAUGCCUUUGCAGGGACAAACCAGAGAUCUUUAACAGGUUUUCUGAGUUGCAACCUUGCUCCCAUCUCCAAAGGAGUAGUUCUUCCUAUAGCAGCUGGAAGAAUUGAAGGCAUUAUCAGUAUUAAAGUGCAUUUUGUCGAGGACUGUGGUUCAGCCUGUGGCUUUAAAUACUUUUAUGCACUUUAAUCAUUAAUUUCCUUUGAAGAAACUAUUUUUACUCAACUUUCUCUGCCUGACACUUUCUUACUGCUAUGUCUAAAGAUACAAGAGCAAGAGCAAGCUCCUGGGGCAGUGGGGAGUGGUCUCUGGGAAGGCAGUGCUCCCUGAGCUGUACAGGAAUAAUGCUGAUGCAGUGACCUAGAAAAGAGUGGGUCGACUUAUUCUUUUGUCACAAGAGACUGAACUGAAGUGCUUUGGAAUAAAAAAUGUCGUAGAGUCAU